AUGGUCAGUCUAUCUCGAAUUUGUGCGUCAAGUAACGAAGAACAAAUAACCUCUCGAAGUCACUUAUUCCACGCGGAAAUUGUCCGUGAUAAUGGUGAUCCUGUACAAAUUAGCGAUAAUGACGAUAAUGACCUAAACUUUUACCCAACUGAGAUUAUGGACUAUACCAAUGUGACCCCUCGUUUUUUGAAUAGCGAAACCUCUUUCCUAUACAUCCCGGAUGGAAUAAGUCCACAGUCCUUUUUAACCUUACAUAAAAUAUCGACACCAAAUGAAACCAAAAAUAAAACGAACAUCUCCGUCCAUAUUACAGAUCGUUCUAGAACGUUUAAACAGCACAAGAAGCGCAAGAAUUGCUAUUUUCCCUCCUCCAACCUAAUCCAUAUUACAACUUUAAACCAUGCUUAUAAG